AUGCUGGGUACUCUGCUAUACACACUCUUGACAGAUGGUACUCCUUUUCGCACAGAGCUUUUGACUCCGUGGAUGACAGCAACACUAAUCGACUUUUAUAUCAAUGUUGUUGCUCUAUCAGUUUGGGUUGCCUACAAAGAAUCAAGUUGGAUUACUGCAGUCCUUUGGAUAAUCUUUCUGAUAUGUUUUGGCAGCAUUACCACAUGUAUCUACAUUGUCCGGCAGCUGCUGGGGAUGGCAUCCCAAGAUCCAAUCUACCUUGUUUUGCUAAAACGUGGUAGCAGAUUAAGUCUUGUGCAUUGCCUUCUCUUCAAGCUCUCAUCCAUGGAGAAAACACGAUCAUCCCUUCAUUCUCCCACUAACGGAAGUCUCAUCACAAUUCUUAGUAUUGAUGGAGGUGGAAUAAGAGGGAUUAUCGCAGGAGCUAUACUCAAGUUCCUAGAGUCUGGGCUUCAGAAGCUGGAUGGGACGAGCAUAAGUGACCUUGUGGCGGCCAUGCUUACUACUCCAGAUGAAAAUAAGCGUGCCUUGUAUGCUGCUGAAGAUAUCAUCUCUUUUUAUCUCAAACACUUUCCUUCUUUCCCCAACCCAGGUGCAGUUAAUUGUUGA